GUCUAAACUCUUUGCAAUUUUGACCUUAUAUGAGCCACCCAAGCCCCAUUUUCAUAAGCUUAUUGAGGGAUAUAUUACUAUCUCAACAAGAAGAUAGGAUCCAUAGUUCAUACACUUAAAAAAUAUCCAUUUGAGGUUCAUUGUGUGGUGGUGGGAAGCAGAAGCAUUGGCAAUCUGAACAGUGUUGUAGCGGCAAAGAGAGCUAGCUGAUCAUGGGACCUGGUGGGCCGGGAGGAGGCCGUGGUGGAGGAGGAGGAGGCCGUGGUGGAGGACCUGGCGGAUGGGGUGGUGGGCCAGGAGGAGGACCUGGCGGAUGGGGUGGUGGACCAGGAGGACCUGGAGGUCCGGGAUGGGGUGGCCCGGGAGGACCUGGGGGUCCAGGUUGGGGACCGGGAGGUCCUGGCUUCUACCCCGGGCCUGGUGGUUUCUUUGGUGGCUUUUGUAAUGAUUUAUGCAACGUGGUAUCUUCUUGCUUAUCAUGUCUUUGCUGUUGCUGGUUGUUUCAAGGUUGUUUCGGUGGGCCCCGGCCCUUUGGGCCUCCUGGUGGUGGGCCACCUCCCUUCUGAUGUGAGAUUAAGGCCUUGUUUGGUUAAUAAAUAGUCCAAUUUAUGUUCUUUGGGCUUCUCUCAGUUUCUUCAUAUUUUUUGGCCAUUUCUUUUCUUUUCUUUUCUUUUUCAUAUAAUGAUUAGAGCUUCUUCUUGUUUGGUGGUUUAUUGUUAAUAGAAUGUAAUUUUUUUUUAUUAAGUUAUUAUUAAAUGCCUUAUCAGAUCAUUAGUGAAUGGUUGUGAUUAGCUUUCA